UCAUGUUCACAUCACGCGGUUUGCACGACACAUACGAGUGUAUUAUAUCGUAGACAUAAUACCAUUGACUUAAUGUGAAAUUAAAACAAUUUAGGUACUUCCGAAUGAAUCAUUCCAAAAAUUGUAGCGAUUCAAAUAACAACAAUACGCUCGUAAUUUUCAAAGUUUGAAUUUUAUUUUGAGUAUUUUUAUUUCUUCGAUACUAGCGAUGCGUCUCUUUUUGUUUGAAUAAAUUUUCAUGCUUUGUGCUGUGUCAGUGUAAUCCAGUACUUAAAUACUAUAGUCAUAAUAGUAAAUAUCUAGUUUCGUCUAGAACAAUGAAAACAUAAGAAUGCUUACUGAAGAAGAAACUGUACGCAGACACCGCCACAGUUCGUGUUGAAUUUGCUUCUUAGUACACGCAUACUACGAACAGAUUCACGAGUGCUUGCUAGUGGAACUUAAACAUUGGACAAUAUGAGACGUUUUCAAUUUAACACCAUCCAGCUAUUCAUCAGUUUCGGAAAACGACAGACAAAUGUUUUUAACAAUGGAGCAGUUCGCGCAGAUUUUUUUGAUGCAACGCUGCUCUCGUGCAGAUCAGUUCACAUGCAAAACAUCAGUAAAAACAUGCAGUACAUAAGCAAAGAAGACAGAAAAAUUACUUUAGACCCGUAUACUAUGAAAACAAACAAUCCGAUUCAAAGACCUCUAUGCGUAAUGAUGAACUGGAUGCUAGCGAAGCCCAAGCACGUUCUAAAGUACGCUAAUGUUUACCUAGAGCAGGACUUUGACGUUGUGGCCGUAUCGUGCUCGCCGAUGCAACUCAUGUGGCCAGUCAAAGGCUCAAAGAUAAUUGCGGCAGACUUGAUGAAAUUUUUAGAAAACAAUCCGUCCUACGGUCCUCUUGUCGUACACGGAUUCUCAGUGGGAGCAUAUGUAUGGGCUGAACUACUGGUUCAUUCUUUAGAAAACAAGGAAAGGUACCAACCCGUUCUCGACCGUGUAAACGCACAAAUUUGGGACUCACCAGCCGAUGUGUAUGAAAUCCCCAUUGGACUUCCAAAUGCUGUGUUCCCUAAGAAUAAGAUCCUCCAGAAAGCUCUCAGAGCUUACACAAUCUUUCAUAUGAAAUUGUUAAAUAAUGUGGCGACUAAACACUACAUGCGUGCAACACAAGUUUACCACAACACACCUUGUCGAGCGCCGGGACUGUUUCUAUGUUCGUUGACGGAUCCCAUCGGCGCAGCCAAACGAAGUAGGCACGCUCAUGACACGUGGAAAUCUCUGGGAGUCAAGGUUAACUGGAAGUGCUGGGACAAAUCUCCUCACAUACAACAUUUUAUUUACCAUACAGAAGAAUAUCUUGCAGCACUCUAUUCACAUUUAGGACAAUCAGGGGUAAUUAAGCCGAUAGCACAAAGGUAAAAUUCUUAGGUAAACUAUAAAUAGAUAAUAAAAAUGAAUAAGAGGUCGACAAAAAAGAAACCGAAUACCACAUAAUAUAUUUUUUUAUUUUGUUUUUACUCAUAAUGGUGCGUGACAUUGUUUACUAUAAGAUCAUAUUAAAUGAACACUUUACAGAUUGUAUUUUAUUUUAUUCCACUCUGUAUU